AUGGCCCCAGUUAAGUCCCAAGAAUCUAUCAACCAAAAGUUAGCCUUAGUCGUUAAGUCUGGUAAGUACACCUUAGGUUACAAGUCUACCAUCAAGUCUUUAAGACAAGGUAAGUCUAAGUUAGUUAUAAUUGCUGCUAACACUCCAGUCUUAAGAAAGUCUGAAUUAGAAUAUUACGCUAUGUUAUCUAAGACCAAGGUCUACUACUUCCAAGGUGGUAACAACGAAUUAGGUACUGCUGUCGGUAAAUUAUUCAGAGUUGGUGUCGUCACCAUCUUAGAUGCUGGUGAUUCUGAUAUCUUAACUACUUUAGCUUAG